AUGUCCCUCCAAGUCAACGACCCACGGUCGCGCACCCGCUCCAAAUCCCCCGGCCGCAGCCGCGAGCGCUCCCGAUCUCGCGAUACCCGCGCCUCAGAGCUCGAGCUCGAACCACCACGUUCAAGACAGCGCUCGCGUUCUCCGGCUGUGGAAAUUGCGCCUAAGUCCUCUGCUUCUAGGGACUAUGAUCUUCCGCGCUCGCGGUCGCCGGCUGUUGAGAUUGCGCCGAGGUCGUCCAAGUCCAAGAAGUAUGACUCGGAUGAGGAGAAUGAGAUUGAUCGGCAGUAUAGAUUGUUGAAAGAGGGGCGUUUGGGGGGUAAUGAGGGGCCGAGUAAUGUUAUUGCGAGAGUGCCGAGGUCGGCGGGGAGGUAUGAUGUUGACCGGGGUGAGGAGGAGGAUGAUGAGGAUUGGAGGAGACAUCGGGACCGGGAGGAUGUGACGCGUCGUCGUCGUGAGGAUACAAGGUAUGAGCAUUCAGAGUCGGAUGAGGAUUUGAGAAAGAGAGAAUCGCGCGAUCCGAGAAGUUCCAAGGACUCACUCUCCCUGAGAGACUCACGCGAGUAUAAUGGCCGGUCCCAUCAACGCCGACCUUCGUCCCCGCCUGGCCGGGAUAGUCGGUUGACUGAUUCGGACGAUGACUCGGAUGACGGGCUGGCAUAUGGUGAUACCCAUGGUAGCCAUCCGAGCUAUGCCCGUCCGAAUAAGUAUAAGUAUGCCCAGCCCACGCAAUUCCACCCCUCCCAGCCUGGUCCGCCGCGCCAGUCUGCUCACCCAGAUCCCAAGUCGUCGGACUGGGCAGACAUUCCCGAGUGUGAGCGUCCGGGCUUCGUCCCGCCAGCAUCGCAUCCUUCCUCGCAAGCUGGUGUGCCAUCGACUAUGCCGGGGGGUUUCCCACGGCAUCGACGUAUUCCUGGUCAGCAGCAGAUUCCAUAUGCGCACGCUUCUUCUGGUCCUUAUACCCCAUCGCAUUACCGCACUGCUUCUGCCGCAGAUGCCUCUCACCCAAUUCCUGGUCAAUAUGCACAACCGGUCCAGUAUCAAUAUGCGCAUGUUGACCCCAAUAUUCGAUAUGCUUCCAAGGCAACCCCUGUUCAACCUUAUACUGCGUCGCCAGAUCAACAGUUUGCAAAGCCGGUUGAACAGUUCAAUAAGCCACGUGAGCCCCAACCUGUGUACCCCUACAGGUAUAGCAAUGAGCCACAGUUUGUAGAGAAGCAGCCGCAGGCGCCAGCACCACCACCACCGCAGCAACAGCAACACCACCAAGCCCCGCACCAAGUCCAACACCAGCAACUUCAGCCCGAGUAUGGACAUGGCCAGGGUCUUCAACAGCCUCAGCAGCUGGUGGAAAUCACACCUGGCGGUAGACGAGGUCGCCCGCAUAGCCUGUCUGUGUCCUCGGCGAAUAACCUCGCAGUUGCAGGCGCUCACAGUCUACACGCUGGUCACCCGCCGGCUAGUCCGCUGUUGGAGGCCUAUCACGGUACUUACCAGUCCAUCUCGCCCAUGCCAUCUCCCAUUGUCAUGCCCCAUCGGGACGACGAUAUCUCAGACCUGGAGCCGCUGGACGGUACUUCCAACUCCGAAUCAGGCCGCCGUAAGAAACAUGUCCGUUCCAAAUCCUCCAUCAGCGAGAAGGAAACUCGGCACCGCAGCAGCAAGGAGAAGAUCAAGGAAAAAGAAAAGGACAGUGAUGACCGCGGUAAAGAUGACAAGCGUCGCAUCCGUCACGAUCGCCACGACUCUAGCAGCACGAUCUCAGACCGUGACCGUGACCGCGGAAACAUGGUCGUCAUCUCGCCCACCACCGGCCGCAAGCGCGUCUCCUUCUAUGACGCCGGUGCCGACGCCGCAGACAUGCAAUCCGCCCUCAACCACCGUACCAUCGACAACAAGACCAUAAUCCAUGUCCUCCCCCGCCUGACAAGCGACGAAAUCCUCCUCCUGCGCGCCGAAUACAAAAACCGCGUCAAAAUGCACGGCAAGGGCAUCAACCUCGCCAAACACCUCCGCCUCAAACUAGGAAACUCCUCCUUCGGCAAAGUCGCCUACGCCACCGCCCUCGGCCGCUGGGAAUCAGAGGCCUACUGGGCAAACUGCUACUACCAAGCCGGGACAUCGCGCCGCGAACUCCUCAUCGAGUCACUCAUCGGCCGCUCCAACGCCGCCAUCCGCGAAAUCAAGUCUUGUUUCCGGGAUACCCGGUACAACGAUAGUCUUGAGCGGUGUAUGCGUGCGGAGCUGAAGGCUGAUAAGUUCCGGACGGCGGUGUUGUUGGCGCUUGAGGAGAGGAGGCAGGAUGAGAGGGAGCCGUUGGAUGCGAGGUUGAUUAGGCAAGAUGUGGGGGAUUUGCAUCGGGCUUUGGUUUCGAAGGAAGGUGGGGAGACGGCGAUGAUUAAUAUUAUUGUUUUGAGGAGUGAUGCCCAUUUGAGGGAGUUGUUGCGCGAGUAUGAGGCCGUUUAUCGGGUGAAUUUUGCGAGGGCGAUGAUUGCUAAGUCGAGGAAUUUGGUGGGUGAAACACUAGCCCACAUCCUCAACGGCGCCAUAAACCGCCCCAUGCGCGACGCCCUCCUCCUCCACCAAGCCGUCCGCGAAUCCCGGACGGGCCGCGAGCGCUCCGAGUUACUUAUCUCUCGACUUGUGCGUUUACAUUGGGAGCCAAGACACCUGGAGUUGGUGAAGAGCGAGUAUCGGAGACGGUAUAAUGAGCGUGUGGAGGAGGCGAUUGCGGAGGAGGUUAUGAGCUCGAGUGGGAGCAGUGAGUGGGGGGAGUUUUGUAUUGAGUUGGCGAGGAGUUCGACUUGA